AAUUAAGAUUAUUUUCUGUACUGUUUAAAGUUUACUUUAUCACAAUCUUUUAUAAUUAAAAAGUAAAAGAGAUAGAAUUUAGCAACACAUCGUUUUACAGCCGCUACACGAAAUAGAGAAUACAUUACAUACAAAAGGCUAAAUGCACAUAUUCCAACACUCCUAGCUAAAUACUUUUACUAAGAAUCAAGCCUACUUUCAAGGUCGGAAAUAGUAUACAUAUGUAGGCUAUGUCUUUGUUUGUUAUUGACCUUUUCGAAAACCUAGCUAAACUCUGUUUUCCGGUACGUUACGGAUUAAGCUGUCGGGAAUUACAUCAAAUGAACUACAUAACACUAUUACAUGAUAUUUCUAUUUUUAUAUCAAUAUUCUGCCGUUUAAGGUGAAAAGUCUAAGACUUGAUGUGUUUGAAAAUAAGUCAUACCCCCUUUAGGUGAAUUACCCAAAGCUAUGUACAGAAUAGGUGAAUUACCCAAAACUAUGUACAGAAAGUACCUGAAAAUGGCAUUUAGCUAGGUCUUCGAAUUCGUGAAUAUAUGCUUUACAUUGAUCUAUUUCCAGUAUGUGGUGGUUACAUUGUCGGAAUAACAUCAAGUGGCCAAAACAAAUUUUUCUGAUACAUCAUGCAAGAGAUCGGAAAACAGUACUCUAAGAGAAGUUCAGUUGAUAAAUUGGACCAAAUAGACGCGAAUACUCAGAUUAGGACAGACACAGAUAUUUAUAUUGUAUUGCUUUCAUGCCAACACAAUCAAGUAAAAGGUAAUGGAGAUUCAUUGUCACUAAAAUAGAUGUCACUUUUAAAGUUUUCAUAUACAUAUCACAUAUUCAUCAUUGGAAGGAACUUUUUUUAUUUUGACAUACAAGUUUCAUGUGCUGCAAAUUGAAUCAGGAAAUACAGGCAGACAAGCUGGAAAGUAAAGGCAGACUUUGUGGGAAACGUGUUGAAAGAAAUAAGAUGCUCAGCUGAUGUAAAUUACUAAAAUGACACAUUAAUGUGAAGUUUGUGAUAACACAUAUAAUCAACAAAGUUCUCUGAACACACAUGCAAAUACACACUGGCGAGAAAAAUCAUAAAUGUAUUAUGUGUGAUAAAGGAUUUUCUCUACAAAGUAAUUUGAACAUUGAUAUGGAAAUACACACUGGCGAAAAGAAUCUUAAAUGUAACAUGUGUGAUAAAGGAUUUUCUAAACGGAGUAAUUUGAACAAGCAUAUGACAAUAAACACUGGCGAGAAGAAUCAUAAAUGUAAAGUGUGUGAUAAAGCAUUUUCUCAACAAAAUCAUUUGAACCAGCAUAUGACAAUACACACUGGUGAGAAGAAUCAUAAAUGUAAAGUGUGUGAUAAAGCAUUUUCUCAACAUAGUAAUUUGAACCAGCAUAUGACAAUACACACUGGCGAGAGGAAUCAUAAAUGUAAAGUGUGUGAUAAAGCAUUUUCUCAACGAAGUGAUUUGAACAAGCAUAUGACAAUACACACUGGCGAGAAGAAUCAUAAAUGUAAAGUGUGUGAUAAAGCAUUUUCUCAACAAAGUAAUUUGAACCAGCAUAUGAUAAUACACACUGGCGAGAAGAAUCAUAAAUGUAAAGUGUGUGAUAAAACAUUUUCUCUACAACAUAUUUUGAUCAGGCAUAUGAAAAUACACACUGGUGAGAAGAAACAUAAAUGUAAAGUGUAUGAUAAAGCAUUUUCUUUACAAAGUAAUUUGAUCAGUCAUAUUACAAUACACACUGGCGAGAAGAAUCAUAUAUGUAAAGUGUGUGAUGAAGCAUUUUCUGAACAAAUUGAUUUUAACAAGCAUAUGACAAUACACACUGGCGAGAAGAAUCAUAUAUGUAAAGUGUGUGAUAAAGCAUUUUCUGUACGAUGUAAUUUGAACCAGCAUAUGACAAUACAUACUGGUGAUAAAAAUCAUAAAUGUACACUGUGUGAUAAAGCAUUUUCUCAACGGGGAUCUUUGAUCAGGCAUAUGAAAAUACACGCUGAUGAGAAGAGUCAUAAAUGUAACGUGUGUGAUAAAGAAUUUUUUCAACAAGUAUAUUUGAUCAGACAUAUGACAGUACACACUGGCGAGAAGAAUUAUAUAUGUAAAGUGUGUGAUAAAGCAUUUUCUCUGCAACAUAAUUUGAUCAGGCAUAUGAAAAUACACACUGGCGAAAAGAAUCAUCAAUGUAAAAUUUGUGGUAAAGCAUUUUCUCAAAGCAGUAUUUUAAACAAGCAUAUGACAAUACACACUGGAAAGAAGAGUCAUGAAUGUACAAUGUGUGAUAAAGCAUUUUCUGUACAAAGUUAUUUGAUCAGGCAUAUGAAUAUACACACUGGGGAAGGUUAAUAAAAGUAAAAACUACACGCAAAAAGUGUGAUAUAUUUCGCAUGAUCAAUCAAUAUACUUUAAAGAAAGUUUUGGCAAAACU